UCAAAAAGCGAUACAUUCAGACAGCGAAGGAACGUUGCUGCUCUUCGUCGUCGUCGUGUCGUGGUCUCGUCAGGCUUAGUAGAGGCGAGCGCGACCUUUACUACUUUUUGCCUUCCUUACCGUGCGUGUAAAAUACCUUCGCUGUGUGGCUUCCCCCGAAGGGGAGAUGGAACGAUUUUUAUGUUGACAUAAAUUUCUGGCGCCCGGAGUGCUAAACAGUGCCAACAGUCUUCCGUUGUUCAGUUCAGUUGAAAUUGCGGAUCCGGAUAAAGUGGUAAAAUUUGUGGCAUCCCUGGUGAAGAAGGAGAAAAAUAUGUAGAAGAAGUGAGAAGACCCAUAAUAGUGGAAAAGAAAUCGGUUCAAAAGCAAACCGAAUGUUGGAGCUAAGAGUGAGUGAGACGGGAAGAACGGCUGUACGGUUGACGUAUGAUGUGUGUGCGCAGGUGUGAGCAGGAAAAGGAAUGCUGUCAGUGGCGCGGGAGGAUGAUGGUUGUGUGCUGUGUUUUGAGGUGAAUGUGUGUGCGUGUAUGUGCGGUGCGGUUUUUUGGCUCAGGUGGUAACGUAGAGUUGUGUUCGUGUACGCUAGUGUGUGCAUGCGUGUGUGUGUGUGUCCGAAGGAAUUUUUCGGCGCGACGGCAGCAGCAACACUGUUUCUCUUUUCUGGUGCCGCCAGUGUGUCGUCUCUGUCUAGUAGCAUGCGGCUAAGGUCGUACGUUUCACUCGCACUAGUGGUUGCUGCGGCACAUGGCCAGCUCAUUGGAUGCUAGCUGACAGCGGUGUUUUUAUAUGUUGUGUAUGUGCGCAAGGGUCGAAGUUGUGGAAGAGGUGCGGUGCCGCAGUGUCGCUCUGAUUGUAUGUGCGUACUAUGUCUCCCGGCUGAAAUAAGCGUGGAAACAGCCACAGAAGGAACGCACGUAACGCAGCAAGCGGCAAGAAGACGCAGAAGCAGCGGGACGGUGGAAAAAAGUCGUUCUUUUCCUUCCUUUUCUAUCAACUUCGGUCGUUUGCAGACCCAUUGCUUGGCCGUCCGUUUUCGUUUGUCGACGUUGUCCGUCACACAGCGGGACGGAAAGUCAAUGUGCCGCGAGCAGAUCCAGGGGUGGGUGUAUUGGUUCCGCAUAAUCCAGCCAGUCGCCGCCAAACGAGAAGCAUCACCAUCGUGUGCAGACCGUCUUAAAGAAACCGCAGAAGGAACGGCCGAGCAGUAACAGUGUGGACUGUCGCCAGUUGUCGAAAGCAUCGGGAUCCGGUAACGAGAAGCUUUAGCCAAUGUAUGCUCAAGGCCAGUGCAACAGUAAAAUCCAUCAUUGUGGAUCUGCUUAAUCGUAGCUAAUGGUUUUAGUUAAGAAGCUUUUCGGUUUGCUACGUGGUCCGCGUGUUUUAAGAUCGAUUGGGUGGAAUUUUCGCGAUCGUGCUGCGUUUCAGUAUGUGUGUGCGUUUGUGUACGUGUAUCCGAGCUACGCUUCAACAAUUACCGUGCUUUUGGGAAGCUGAUCAUGAUCAUCACCAAGAGUGGAUAAAAUCAAUUCUCUGACCAUCAUCAACCAUCAAGCUAACGAAAAGGUACCAUCGGCAAUACAUAAAUUCAUUACAACUUACACACGCCCACAAAGUGCAACGAUUCGAAAGCGUAAACGGGAUUUAGUCAUUCUAAGUGACUUAUUUUUACGAGUGGGAAAUUGUGUUUGAUGUAUUAUCGCACGAAAAGUAUCGAGUAUCGGAAACAAACGAGAAGAUAAUUGAUUUAGUACUGUAGACAUCAAUGUUGCCAGUACCAAACAAGAUCCUUCGAAUAAUAUCCCUUCAUUGCAUUGUUGUGCCUAGAUGCUGCUGUUCUUAACAAGAAAAUAUCUUUGUAUAAGUGAUUUGUUAUCUUUGCAAAACGGCGGAAAGCUUAAUAGUUUGUUGGUGAUGUUUAAAAUGGAAACCCCCUGUAACCCUCUGUUAUAUCAGUGUGCCUCUAUUUAGGUGUGAGUGAAGUGGAUAAAAAAUGUAACCCAAAUCACAUGUACAUAUGUAUAUCGCCAGACGAAAGUGACGAAAACAAACGCAAGCACUAUCUACCACCCGAUCUUAAGUCAAAAAGUAAAGAUCGGCAUCGAUUGAUAUGAUAAACCGGAUGACACAAAACUACCAGACAAUUGUAUGAUUUGCUCAAGUUGAAUGUGGUAACCUAACGUUAAGCUACACCACCAAGACUGCCAUCGGUAAGCGGAUUUUAAUUUAGAUAUUGCUAACGAUUGAUUACCCGAGGGUUUGCCAAACAAACGAACGCACGGCUGCAGGUAACCACAACUGCCUUCAAACGACUGAUAACUGAGACUGUGGAAGUACGUGACGAUUGCACGCUGCCGAUGCAGUUCUUAUCGAAUAAUUUGUACAAAAAUUGUCUCGAGUAAUAACACCGCAACAACGAUCAGCUCAAUAAUAAUAAUCCCCCCGGGCCGGUUGAACGACCGAUAUUUUUGGUAGCAUUUAUUUUGCCCGCGUUUGCUAGAACUAGCCUAAAAGUGAAUCAACUUUCAACGAAUAAAAAAGCUGCAUUUAAAUUACGCGCUUUUGGCUAGUCCGGGAUCGAUCGUUUUUAGGAUCGUUUUCGGUUGUGAUCACCAGCGCAUUACCGAUGAAUCAGCAAUACUUUCAUCAAAAGUUUGAUGACUUUCACAGCAGUGGACCGAGACCACCCGUUCCCGGAGAGGAAAGCCGCCGGAAGAUGACGGAAACGUCACAUUCGGAUCGAACCCGAGACGGUUCGCCCCCGGCAUACGUUCGAUGGGCGCAGAAACUUGCCUACCUGUUGGAAGAUGGUGACGGGGCCGAGCUGUUCAAGCGGUACGUCGAGCUGGAGGGUGAAGAACCGUCGAACCGGCUUAAAUUUUACUUUGCCUGCGAAGGUCUGAAGCAGCAAACGGAUCCGGACAAGGUAACGCAACUGAUCGGUGCCAUCUAUCGGCGGUUUCUCAAGAAAGCACAGCCCGGUUCGGAGCUGUACGUGAACGAAUCGCUGCGGAAUUUUAUAAAGGCGGGUCUCAAGAAUGAGCUGGAGCUUACGCCGGACAUCUUCGAUCAGAUGCAGGCCGAUGUGGCGAACAUUAUUGCCGAAACGACCUAUCCGCACUUUCUGCAGUCCGAUCUGUAUCUGCAGUAUGUGCAGAACAUGCAGAGCUCAAGCAGCAGCAGCAGUGUGAUCGGCAGCGGUAGCAAUUGUAGCCUCGCAGCGGCAGUGCCUUCAACAAGCGGUGGGCCCGGUUCGUCGGUGGCCGGCACAUCGCACGGUGGAGCUGGCGGUAGUAGCGGCAGUGCUGGGGCAGGUGCGUCCUGUUCUCUUACGAGCAGCAGUUCCACAUCCGAGCUGUUCCUGCAUAGUUCGUCUGCGCUGCCAACGGUACACGAAGAUGCAGAACUGGCCAAUGCUGACUCGAUUGAGCAGCUGUACGGUGCUACUGGGCCAGGGUUGGAUAGUCAUAUGGCGUUGGUGGGUCCACCGCUUGUACCACCCAGUGCCACAGGAUCCGCAUCCACCUCCAAGGUUCCGAUGACGCUGACAAAGGAUGCGCUGAUGGCAACGCAGAAACGGCGGCUAGAGAUGAGGCCACCCGGACCACGCGGCUACUCCGUGUACACCGCCUAUGCAUCCUAUAAUCCGGUAUCGCGACGUGACUCAGAAUUGGCCAGUCUGAGCUCCGGCCGUACCGAUUCCGAUACGAUGUCUCUUUCGAGCAUAUCCACUGAUGGACGACCACAUUCGCAAAGGAAACAUCAUCACCAUCACCAUUCGUCCAUGGAGCGAAGAAUGAUGCGUGAAAAUGCCUUAACCAACGAAGAAGUCGAUACGUUUUCGAUUAUCCCACGGACUCAUCGGCACACGCAGAAACAACCACCACCAAUGGAGUUUGCAAAAAUUCUUAUCACCAAGCUGGAGAAUGUAGCCCGCGAGCAGGAAAAGGAUGAAGUUCUGUGUAAAAAGAUGCAGGAGGCCGAAUUGUCCGAUCGAUCGCAGAACAAGGUGCUCGCUGAUGCCAUCCGACAAAAGCUGCAAGUGGACGACGAUAACGAUCAGGACAUUCUGGAUCAACACGUGUCGAGGGUAUGGUCGGAUCUAACGCCAAGCCGUUCACCGGGCACAAUGUCACCGUGUCCAACGAACGUUAUUGGUUCACGGUCGCGUCGUCUCGAGCUGGCCGGAUUUGGAGCACAAUCUAUGCGUCAUUCAAAAUCGAUGCCCGAAGGGCACCCGCUUAUGGGACCCCCGAUGCAACCGAUGCCAAUGCAAAUGUCUUCCGGAUCUCGCAAGCUUAAUAACAAAUGGCCGUCGGUCAAUACGGACAGUGGCAUCAGUCUGUUCUCUACCGACACGCUGACGAAACAUAGCAGCAGCGGUGGCGGUAGUCGAGGAGAGUUGAGCCUUGGUAGCAGUUCACGUCCAUUGUCGCGCAAUAUGCAUUCGGACAUGCAUACCGCAACGCUGCUGCAGGAAUCGAGCCGCCGGCUGGAAGAUGAAACGCGACGUUCGAAGCGAUAUCAGUACCCACUGCCAUCUAGUGCAAUACAGAGCAUGCCCUUACCACCGGUGCCAAUGUCUUCGUCGGGCGGUUUUAGUAGCAACCUUCCACCGGCCAUGCCAGCACCACCAAUACCUGCCAAACCGCUUCAGGCCCCGAACGAGUUCACCAUCGUGGUGUACUCGUUCUGUGACGAGGAGGUCCCAUAUAGGAUAAAGAUUCCCGGUACGCAACCGCCAACACUGAAGCAAUUCAAGGAUUAUUUACCCAAGAAAGGAAAUUAUCGAUUCUUCUUCAAAACGCGCUGCGAAGACCUGGACAAUCCCGUCAUUCAGGAGGAAGUGAACAGCGACAGUGAACCCUUGCCACUAUUCGAGGGCAAAGUGAUGGGUACCGUAAAACCUUCGGAGUAGAUUUUCAUUCGACUAUGCGAAACCAGACAAACGGCGUCUUAGUCUGGUAUGUUGUACAGUUGUGUCAUUGCUGGGAUAAUUUGACCAACGGAGUUCUUAGUCUUAAUCUUCUCGUUCGCGAGGGAUGAAUGUGUGGCUUCCAUUAGCGUUAAGAGGAGAAAAGCGAAUAGAAAUCUUUAAAUAGAAGUCACAGGGUAUAAAUGAUAAAAUACAAAUUCUCCAUCAGCAUAAAAACAGGUCACAGAGGUUACACCAUUGCCAAUAGUGCCUUCUGAUGCCCACACAUCAGUAUAUCGGAUGAAUGCACUGCAUAUAAAAAAACAACACACGCAUACGAACAAUGAAAAGCAAUCAUUUACAAUACCUGACAAAAUUCGAUUUUUAUCUUUUUCGCACAUCGAUUUCGGGGCGUAUUUUAUGUUGAGAUAGAUAGGGAUAGGGUCAAAAUGGCGAAAAUGGAUUGAAAUCAGUGCAGAAGUUGCAAUUACCACCACAAUCAUACUGACUGGCAAUAUCGACGUAACGCGAGACGAGCAAAUGAAAUCAAAUUGAAAGUAUCAGUAUUUGGAUGCGUUUUAUGAAUUUUUGAAGGAGCAAGUAAAGUAAUAUAAAUAGCAAUCAGGACAACUGUGUAGUACUAUAGUUUCCACCACACAUUGAACGCAUCACAAGUUCGGUUAAGCAGGAAGUGUUAAUGGCCAAGUCGAGCAAAACUUAGUUCUUCCAAAAAGCAAUGACUUGCGUUCGGAAGAAAAGCAACGAACGCUGGUUAGGGGAGCAAGUGUUUAAUGGUGAAUGUACGCCAUCAUUUACCAUGUUCAUGAACGAAAGACCGAGACCACCGCUCCUUAUCACUUAAUUGUACUAUAUUGUUUUAUUCUUUAGUAGUUAUCAUUAAUGGGCGUCGUUCCAGGUCGUGCACAUACAUACAAGCAGGUAUAAUAGGCUAAUUGUAUUGCAAAUUGAUUACAGUUUCUUUUUCGGUUCGUUCUACCACAUUGUAUAUGUAAACAUAGAGAGUUGCGUAUGUAGAUAAAGGGCAUCAUAGUCAUAGGUUUUUAUUCCGUUCCUCUGCCAUCAAUCGAUCUUACCACGCGUCCAGUCCCACUCUUUACCUUUGUUUACUUAGUUCACACUAGCCUUAUUAUAGCAUUCGAGAAACGAAGUCACCACGAGCAAGGAUCAAGAACGAUAAAGGAUAAUAAUUUGUCGAAAACAAACGAUACGAUAGGGAUAACGAGAAUCGAUAGUGAAGCGAAAAAGAGCUAUAUAUAUAUGCACGUAUGUAUAUUUAUAAGGUAAUAUAUAUACACGACUGUAAUAGGGAAGCAAAAGUUUAGUGGAAUAGUGAAAUAUAAUUGCUUAUUUAAAAUGCA